AUGAUGAAGAAUUGCAUCAUUCUUGUUAUCGACGACGGUGAGCAGUAUGACUGCGUCACGAAGGGCACAGCGUUGCUCGGUUUUGGAGAUUUCGAAAAAGCUGCGUGUCCUGCGGAACUACCCGGGUUAUUGUUGGUUUUGGACGAAGACCAGGGCAGCAACAUACUCUCGACCCGUCAUUUUCUCGAUAGUUUUCCAAGUUAUCCCGAAACUGCAAAAUUUCCGACGUUGAUAUUCUCGACGUUGCAAAUCCUCGAUGUUGCUCCGACGCUGGUAUUCUCGACGUUAUCUCGACUCAACUUUCCAACGCUAUCGCCCGACUUUACUUCUCGACGACACCUUUCAACGUGA